UCAUCUGCUGUAAUCAGCCUAAACGCGCGGUGAUUCCCCGCAGCGUACACGCGUUUAUCUCUGCUCUGCUCGGGUCCCCAGCUCCUCCAUCACGGCCAGGCGUUAGGACAGAGUCCGCUCGGAACCAUGUCUGUCGCGGGACUGAAGAAGCAGUUCCACAAAGCCACUCAGAAAGUUAGUGAGAAGGUCGGAGGGGCAGAGGGAACCAAAUUAAAUGAUGACUUUUUGGAAAUGGAAAAGAAAGUUGACGUCACCACAAGAGCAGUGAUGGACGUGAUGACCAAGACGACGGAGUACCUGCAGCCCAAUCCAGCAACUCGUGCCAAAAUGAGUAUGAUGAGCUCCAUGUCUAAAAUCCGUGGAGGAGAUAAAGGCCCUGGCUACACGCAGACCGAAGCCGUCCUGGCCGAGUCCAUGCAGAAGUUCGGCCGGGAACUCAGCGAGGAGUCAAGCUUUGGCCUGGCUCUGAUCGAUGCUGGAGAAGCGAUGCGAGAGCUAGCUGAAGUCAAAGAUGCUCUGGACAUGGAGGUCAAGCAAAACUUUAUCGACCCCCUGCAGAAUUUGCAUGAUAAAGACUUGAAAGAAAUCCAGCAUCACCUGAAGAAGCUGCAGGGACGACGGCUGGACUUUGACUAUAAGAAGAAGAGGCAGGGAAAGGUCACAGAAGAUGAGCUCAAGCAGGCCUUGGAGAAGUUUGAUGACUCGAAGGAGAUCGCCGAACAGAGCAUGUUUAACCUUCUGGAGAGCGAUAUUGAACAGGUGAGUCAGCUUUCAGCUCUGGUCCAAGCUCAGGUCAACUACCACAGACAGGCGGCAGAGAUCCUCCAGCAGCUCUCCAGCAAACUAGAGGACAGAAUGAGAGAGACGUCUUGUAAGCCGAGAAGAGAGUAUGUCCCCAAACCUCGCACCUCGGUGGACUUCAGUGAGAAUCACAACGGCAGCAUCGCCCCGUCCAGAUCUCCAGCUCCGAUGGACCAGCCUUGCUGUCGCGCGCUGUAUGAUUUCAACCCUGAAAACGAGGGUGAGCUGGCCUUCAAGGAAGGAGACGUCAUCUCCUUAACGAGCAAGAUUGACGACAACUGGUAUGAAGGAACGGUCAGUGGGCACUCUGGCUUCUUCCCUGUCAACUAUGUCGAUAUCCUGGUGGAUUUAUCCCACUAAGUCUCGUGCAUGACCAGUUCU